CAUCGAGUCGAUUCAUAUCAUAUCAUUCAUUUUGACUCGUGCGCUGAAAUUAUAUUUUUCUUUCUAAUACAUCUUAUUCGCUUCCUCCAUUUAGAAUCUCUUCUCGCCCAUAUUAUUCCGGGUAAAAGAUAUCCGAAAUAAAAAUCACGUUUCAAGAUGUUCUCGGAUGUCGAGGAAUACGUGAAAGCCAGCACGAUACAAUACCGUGACGCAGCACACAUUAUCGAGGAAUUCGCGCAAGAGAUGUCCGAGAUGAAAGGGAAAUGCUUGGACAUAGGUUGCGGACCUGGAAUAGUUACCAAAGAACUGAUCUUACCAAACUUGUCACCGGAAGCUAAACUAGUCGGGAUGGAUAUAUCGAAACCGAUGAUCGAAUAUGCGAAAAAGAUGUAUCACGACGACGAACGCUUAUCAUUCCAGUUGCUGGACAUCGAGACCAUGGAUUUGCCCAAAGACACAUUCGAUCAAUUUAACAACGUAUUGUCCUUUUAUUGCCUUCACUGGUGCCAAAACUUUCGGAAAGCAUUCGACAAUAUUUACAAAUUGCUGCGGCCAGGAGGAAAAGGAUUGUUUAUGUUACUUUCGUGGAACGAGGGUUUCGACGUCUACAAAAAAUUGUACGCGAAUCCUCGAUAUAGACCAUAUAUGCAGGACACAGAACGUUACAUACCUGUUUUCCAUGAAUGUAAAGAUCGCCGGAUAAAUCUAAGAAAAAUACUGGAAACCACAGGUUUCGAGAUUCUGCAUUGCAGCGAAAGAGAAAAGACCUACGUUUUCAAGAAUUCCGAAAUCAUGAAAAAUCAUAUAAUUGCUAUUAAUCCCUUCAUAUCACGAAUUCCCAAUACUCUUAAAAAGGAGUUCGAGGAUGAAAUAACGCGCGAAGUAGUGAACAUGAAAAUUCAAUUUUUGAACAAGAACGAGAACGGUGAACAAGAAUACAAUAUAUUGGACAGAUAUCAGAUUUUUGUAACGUAUAUAAGAAAGCCUGUAUGUUGAAAAAUUCAUUCAAAACGUGUUAUUCUCAGUCACGUCUCAUAAAAAUGGAAUAGAAUAAGUAUAUUAUCAUAUUGAUUGUCAUCAAUGAAACAUAUUAAUUCUCUUAUAACUUCAUUUUUUUAAUGUAAAACAUGUUAAUUCUCUUGUAACUUUAUUUUUUUUUGUAAUGAUCAUAUAAAUUUGUCAUUAAACAGGCAGGGG